GUAAGGUUUGAAUGUGAUCGUUGUAACGCGUCUCGUGUUACAGCGUCACUUCAUGCUUCGUGCUCGCAACUUGUGUACAGAUUUAACUUGUGCUUUGAUUAAUAUGAAUAGACGGGAGAGAAAAAAUGCUAAAAAGGCUGCAGCUAAAGCUUUGUUGAUUAAGAGACGACAAGAGAGGAAACGACUUGCAACUGACUUUGUUCAUUAUGAAAAUUGUAGCAUUAGUGACUAUUACUUUGAUGGGAUAUUUAGAAAGGUGUUUCCCUAUCAUUUUGUCUUCAAAGCCUACGCAAAGGACAGGUGGCUCGGUCGUAAACUCCGUGAUGUCCUGCAGUCUGAAUUUAACAACAGUUCUGAUGAAUUAAUCGCUAGAAGGUGUGAGUCUGGAGAAAUCUUGGUGAAUGAUGCAAAGGUUGACCCUGACUAUGUUCUUACUGAUAGCGAUCUACUCUCUCAGCGUGUCCAUCGUCAUGAGUGUCCUGUAUUAAACCUCCCCAUAGAAUUUGUGCAUGAUUCAGACGAUUUGUUGGUGGUCAAUAAGCCUCCAUCCAUACCCGUUCAUCCUUGCGGUCAGUACACACUUAACAGCAUUACACACAUUUUGGCCAAAGAUUAUGGUCUUCGUCCCCUAAGGUUUACUCACCGCCUUGACAGAAUGACUUCUGGAUUAUUGUUAAUCGCCAAAAACUAUGAUUUAUCUGUACGUUUACAAUCACAAAUUGGCAGUAAGGAGGUAUCAAAGUAUUACAUAUGUCAUGUUGAUGGCUGUUUUCCAACUGAAUCACCAAUCGAUCAAUGUAAUGGUGUUGAGAUAAACAAUGGAGUAGUGAUUUGUAGUCAACCUGUCGGUCCUAUCAGUCGUAAAAUGGGAAUACAUGCUGUUAUGCCAGAAUCAGCUGGUGGAAAGUUUGCUCAGACACAUUUCUUACGCUUAAGCUACAAUCCUAUCACGAAUACAAGUUUGGUUAUAUGUCGUUUAUUCACUGGACGUACACAUCAAAUUCGAAUACAUGUGCAGUAUUUGGGUUUUCCAAUUGUUGAUGAUCCCCUGUACAAUUCAACAGAUUGGGGUGAAUUAAAAGGGAAAAAUGCAAAUUAUGGAAUGACUGUAGAAGAAGUUGUUCAAAAAUUGAGUAUUUCUCGUAACAGAGAAAAAUACUACAUUCAAGAGACCAGUGAAAAGUCAGAAACGUCACUAGAUCCAAGUAUAACAGAACGUUUACAAUUAUGCAAAGAUCCAUUAUGCCCUGAUUGUAAAUUGACUUUUAAAAAUCCAGAAAUGAAACAUUUAAUACUACGAUUACAUGCUUAUCGUUAUAGUGGAUCAGAUUGGCAUUUUUCUGCACCUUUGCCGAAUUGGGUUUUAGAUGAAAAUGUAACUGAUUUACAUGAUAAAAUAGAAAAAGCAAUUGAACAAUUAUAAGCGGCUUUCUUUUUUUAUCAUGUACAUUUAUCAGCUUUUCUUUUUUUAUUCACAUAUGUAUAGUUUUAUUCUAUUUUUCUACAUGUAUUAUAGUCUAUUCUACUCUUCUUUUAUGUCAAUAUACCUU